AUGGAGGCAAUGAAGAUAAACCAAUUCUUUAUUGUUAUGGUAGUGGUGGCCAUGAUGAUGGUAGCAUCAAGUGUGUCAGCUGUAGAAGCACCAACAUCAAGUGUUUCAGCUGUAGAAGCACCAACUCCAGGUCCUACAUCUGAUGCUACAACCCUCUUUGUGCCAACAAUAAUUGCUUCCUUUGUUGCUCUUGUUUUUGGAUUUCUUUUCUAA